AUGGGUAACCAAGGUAUAGAUCCCACGCGCGGAUUAGAAAGUCUAUCGACGUGCGGGUGGGGCAUGCUUCCGCGACGUGGUGGCAUGUCAUAUGACCAUGGGUUUAGCGUUGGGCGACUUGGGCUUUACUCCAAGUGGUUAGAAUAUCCCUGUAGGUUCAAGUCCACGUUACAGCGGCAAAUUUUUAUAGUUAUAUAA